AUGAAAUUACUGGUUAUCUUCUUAAAAUCCAUUAUAAUUGCUCAGGUAUGCGGACAAAUUCCGGUAGAGUCCCCCACGGACUUUCUAACAACGGGAAACCAGAUUGACACCACUGUAACCAGGACAAUCGUAGAUCGUCGGAUUCCCUCCACCCGAACAGCCAUCGAUAUGCGCGUGCCCGCAACGAGAACUGUCAUUGCUCAGCCGUUACCUGUAGAUGUUGCUGUGUCCGCGGAGCAGGGACGCCCCCUCCAGCUUAGUCCUGACGGUCAAUGUCCAACUUUUCUGUCCCGUUACGAAGGGGAUAUUCUUGUCAUAAAUCUUGUACCGGGAACAUGUGAUAUGUUAAUUUUUGUUCAGGACCAAACACAUUUGUUUCCAGCAGCAGCUGAUGUUCUCAUGAACACUGGCGCAGGACGAAUUCGUCUACCAAUGGUGACUUUCCGGGGUAAUAGUUCUACCAACAGUAUAGCGACAGGCUGUCCCAUGAUUCCACUGCGGUAUCUAGGACCUCGAGUCGUAUUGGAUACAAUCCCUGGACGAUGUCAAAUAGUUCUUGGGAUUCGAACAUUUCCAAUUUUAGGACAAUUUAAUGCUCCAGGCUUUGAUAAUCAGCUUCCGUUACCAGGGGAACCGAGGUGGGUGACAAGAGCAGUUUUCGAGAGAACAAGCGGUAUUCUCUGAUGGUUUA